AUGCUUGUUUUGAUUAAUCAGGCUGUGAAGAGUGACUGUUCGAAACGGCUAAACCUGAAAGCAUCGUUUUCUUCAUUUAAGAGAUCGUCAAAUAUAGGGGUCUCCAACUUUAAGAGUCGAGUUUUGAGCAUCACGUCCAAGACAAAGGGGAAAACUCGUGGUGAUAGCAAAUACAGACUGCUGGAUGGGAGGAAGUCAGAUUUGAACCGCGGAUAUGAUGGGGUAGGAGGCAAGAAUGAAAGUAUUAAAGAUGAAAUACGAUAUGCUAGGGAUGAAAGAAUAAAGAUGAAAGAUGAAAGAUUGAAUAAAAGUGAUGAAAUUGUGAAGAACAGAGAUGAAAGACUGAAUAGAAAAGAUGAAAUACUGAAUAACAGAGAUGAAAUAGUGAAGAACAGUGAUAAAAUACUGAAUAACAGAGAUGAAAGAUGUAAUCAUGCAGAUCGGGAUAGAAAUAUUUAUAGAAGGAAAGAAAAGUCCAAUUUCAAAGGCUUUCGGAGUGCAGAUUACAGCGAGAAGCGAGGUCAAAAUUCACAGAAGGGAAAAACUAUGUUGGGAAGUGGCAUUAUUUUUGGUGAACGCCGUUUGCACAAGAAGAUUAAGAGAUUCAAGGAUAAAUACAGGAUUAAGCGAGAGGAGAAUAUGCAGGAAGAUCAGGAGAACCUGUCUAAUUGGAUGCUUGCCAAGAAAGAAAGGGAGAAAUCGGUGAAUUCCAUGAUGAAAAAGGAUAUGAGUAGCUGUUUCCGGCUCAGAAUGCAGAACAUGAAGUCUAUUGAUGGCAAUGAGUUCAGCAAUUGCAGCUGGAAGGAGAUUGGAUACUAUUCGAUGAUCACGCGAGUAGUGAUGGGGUUUGACAGAAGCAGAUUGAAGCAAUUUCUGAUUCCAAGCACGUUUUACGAUGCGAAGAGCAAGAAACCGAUCUACGAUCUAUAUACCGGCAUGAAAAGCUUCAAAAAGUUGAAUUUUAAUGAUGGGAUGCCUCCCAGCAUGCCGGCUCUUUGCACGAUGAUGCACAGCGAAAAGUUUGAGGCCAAAAGAAAGCUAAGCGAGUACAAUAUUGUGGGUCAGAUGUCGCUCUUUGAGGAUUUACUGCUUGGACAAUCAGUAGUAUGUGUUGAUUUGGUCAAGUUUGAAGGGCAGAUCUUUGCCUGCAACAGCUUCAAUGGCGAUGUGCCGCUAAGAAUCGUCUAUACGGCAUCGAAAUUUCGCCAAUGCUUGACCGACAGGAAACACUUGCCUGAGCAUGUCCGUCCAAGGAAGGGUUAUCACAUAUUUCAAAGUUUGACAGGUGUAUCCUUUGCUGGAUCGCAUCUCAAGGCGUUGGUAGACUACCCGGUGGAUGUGUGCGACACGGAUUAUGUUGCCUCUGGUGAUGAUAAGCAGGGUCUAGAGGAUGUUCAUUCGACAUACGUAGAAACGAUGCUUUGCAAAGUGCCGCGAUAUAAGAAUAAGCAGGUGGAUGAGAAGCAGAUGGACGGAAAGCAGAUUGAUAAGAAACAGAUGGAUGAAAAGCAGAUUGACAAGAAACAGAUGCUUGAUUUUUUGCGGAUUAACAGUCCGGGCUUCCUGAAAAAGCUAUUUGAAAGCACAUUCAGGCUCAAACUCAGACACAUUCCACAGCUUAUUAUUGGCGUGAGAAACCAGCGUUAUAAGCUUUUAGCUGUGCACAAGUACACCACACAGUUCUUGGAGGAGUAUCUGCAGAGUUGGGGGUCGCAUGGUGAGGUGGAAGCAAUGGAAAAUGCGCAGUACAGGUUCAAAAUAUUGCUGGAAUGGAUCUGGGGGAAUGUCGUUUAUGAAAAUUCAGUCUACAAGUUGAGCUACGACAAGAAAACUGGCGAAAUAAUGCUUGGCAAGUUGCGCAAGCAGUACGAGGGAUACGAAAACUCGCUUGGCCGUGUGUUAAUUCGCCAACUUGUGGAGUGGAGAACUCAGGGAAAGUUCCCGACAGGUUUGACAAGGUCUAACUACCAGAUGAGGAAUGUGGAGAAGCACACGGUAUCAAAGAUGAAUGCGCGAUUGAAGAUAAAGAGAAGAACACGCAAGAAUGCGGAGAUUCGGUUGGAAAAGAAGCAGCGAAAGCUCAAACACUGGCAGUACCACUUCCGGAAGCAGUUGGAAAACUACAGGCUUGAAAACGAGGGGUUGCCUGCUAUCAGGCACGAUUUUGAGUUUUUGCCUAAGAGCUGA